AUCAAAUUUACAACAAUCGGAUUAAAAUCAGAUUGAGUUUACAAAACAUUGAGGUUGGGCUCGUAUAAGCGAAGUGCUAUUAAUAAUUAAUGGACAUCAGUAAAAUGACCUUUUCGUUGUACAAAUAUUGCUAGCUAAUACAGAAUUAAGUGAACUUCUAUGAUUCGCAUAAUUAUUUUAUUAAUUUUUGUUUUAAAAUGUAAAGAAUGUGCCUUCAUCUACAGACCUAUAGUAGGAUAAACAUCACUUUGAUAUACGUCCGGUGUUGAGAGAAUUCCGGUUUAGAGAGGGUCCGGUCUUGGAGAGUUUCACUGUAGAUUGUUCUAUCAAUCUGACUGAAAUCAGCUCCACCUGUCUAUAACUGGUCAACUAGUAGAGCCGACUUUAAUCAGACUAAUUGUUCGAUAUAUGUACACGUACUUUCUAUUUUAAAAGGACUGCCCCGAGUUCACAGCUAUUGUAAGAUGUUUCCAACUAACAGAUCCUUGAUGAUGACCAAAACUAAAUAUUAAAUAUAUUUUAUUCAACAUUAACAAUAGCAGUGUCUGCAUAACCAAUGUCUUUGCAGUCUUCUGCUGUUGUUUGGAGCAGCCAUUGUUGAUUUUCUUCGUAAUAUAUAUUUUUUCAUACGUAUCAAAUUAUAGGAAGGUAAAAUCUGGUCUGGGCUACUGAAAACAUUAGGACGACAACAAACACUUUGUUGGAUCCCUUUAAGCCAGUGAUUCCUUAUUAUAGAUAUCAGUAAGUAAUAGUACUAAUAGUCUCCAAAAACAACAUUUACAUAAUUUACAUAUUGCAUGUACAUUGCCGUUUCUUUAUUCGAAGGUCUAGAUUUUUUAAAAAUUGUUUAUAAUGAAAUGAUGAGUAAUACAGAACGACUGGGUUUGCUUCACAUUUCAGAACUGAGAAAUGUUUAUGUGGAGAUGUACAAAGCAGUAAUUCGUGGCAACAAAGACUUAUUAAAAACACACCAACAACAUCUGAAUAGCCCAAUUGUUAUUGAGUAUUUUUCGGGAUGCAGUUGUGUUCGUAAGUUCGAGGAACAUCCACAUCAAGAAGAUGACACACAGGGCGACCGGCUAACCCAGGUCCUCGACCUCAUUAAACAGGGCAAGUGUCCGUGUCUGACCGACAAGGAGCAUCCGGUGUCAGAACAAGGGACGAAGUACCUGUCUCACGCUGCUGCAUCAGUGGGGGACCUGGACAUGCUCAAGUUUCUUGUAGAACUAGGCUGUGCUAUGAGCCGACAGACGACGAUCUGUGGAUACACUCCUCUCUUCAUAGCCGUCAAGAGGAAUCAUGUCAGUCUGGUGAGGUAUCUGCUGACUCUAGACGACAUUGAUGUCAACUGUCCCUCCAAGGGAGAUAAACAUACCCCGUUGAUGGAGGCCCUGCAGGAUAAGAAGAGCACCAUCGUGGACUUGUUGAUCAAUGUUCCAAACAUCGAUGUCAACAUGCCCAAUUUCCUCUACGAAACACCUCUGAUCAUCGCUGCCAAAAUGGAACAUGUGGAAUUCGUGAUUCAAUUGCUGAAAGCUGGUGCUAACCCCAAUGCCAAGGAUAUCGAAGGAAUGACAGCCCUGAUGCAUGUUGUUAGGUUUGGUUUUGCAGACAUAGCUAAAAUUCUGCUCUCGAGCGGAGCAUCAGUUGAUGUGACAGAUACCCAGAAUGAAACAGCACUACAGUUUGCUGUGUGUAGAGGGGAUGUGGAUCUUGUGACUAUACUGCUAAACGCUGGAGCAAAUCCCAAUCACAUCCCAGAUGAUGGGCAUCUUGCCCUUGUUUUAGCAGCCAACAACAACAGCUGGGAGAUCAUUAACCUUCUCCUGGAGAGUGGUGCCAAUAUUUCCAUCACUAACAACCACAAGUACUCUGCCCUACACAUGGCGGCCUGGAACGGUAGCGUCGAGUCAGCGAAGGUCCUUCUCGAACAUUCGGCAUCCCACGAUACAAAGACAACCGAAAAGAAUACCCCUUUGUCUUUGGCUGCCCAACAACGUCACCCAGAGAUGAUCAAACUGCUCCUUCCUUAUGGCUGUGACGUGAAUAAUUCAAAUAAUGAUUUGACUACACCGCUGCAUGAUGCUUCCCUUAAUGGUGAUGUAGAAUCAGUCGAGCUGCUGCUACGUCAUGGCGCAGACCCAGAUGUUAAGAACAAAACCGGUGCUACCCCACUAUGGCUUGCCGUUUAUUUUAGAAAAACUGCACCUGUCAAACUUCUCCUGCAAAAGAAUGCGAAUAUGUACAUUCCAAGCUUUUUAACUGACACGGAUUACCAGACAGGACGUGUGGAGAUUGUGUCCGAUACACUGAGAACACCUCUAUGGGUGGCGGCAGCUAAUGGUGCUCCGGAGAUGGCCAUGUUGCUCAUUUCAGCUGGCUAUAACGUGUCAAAAGAGAACUGGAUUCUCGAUGACAUGCCAGAGGCAGCGUCUGAAAACGAAACUUUCGCAAGUUUAUUACGUUAUCACAAAUGUAGACCGCCGAGUUUACUUUCAAUCUGCAGGAAUGUUUUCCGCCAAUAUUUUGGUAAACAGGUUGCUGAAAAGUCUCAAGCACUGGAUGUGUUACCAAUAACGUUAAAGCACUAUAUUAUGCUAAAAGAUAUUCUUAAUUGUGACUAUACUUUAUGAUCUUAUGUAAUUUCACAGCCAUAAUGGUCUUCCUUUUCGUGAUACAGCAAUGAGACUUAGUAUUUUGCUGUACAUAUAUGCACUGAUUUUUAGAAGUGCUGAUUCACAUGUUUAUAUAGUCAGUGCCAUGGUAUAACUGUGUAACCUUUACGGAAGUCUGGGGAUAAAAACCUGUAUUAUCAAUCACGUGUUCGUUGUUCAAUGUUGAAACCACUUACAGUUUGAGAAUCUGACCAUACAAAAACAGCCAACCUUAAUUUUGUUCAAUAUUUUUUCUUUCUUUUGUUUUCGAUUUUUAAAAACUAAUAUGUAGGUAGAAUAACAGACAGUACAUACCACAGCCUUUGUUACACCAGUUGUGGAGCACUGGCUGG